AAUCUUGCGAGGAAUAUGUAACCGUAUCGGCAAUGUUCUUCCGCCGCCGAGAGAGCUGUCGGGACUGCAGAGGCGAUGCUUGGCUGGUACCUCGCUUCGGCCCGUCAAGUUAAAACACCAAGGUAAGAAUCUCUGGAGUAGCGUAUUCCUCCGCUCUCGCAAAAGAGAUCUUCGCCCUGCCUGGGGUGUCCCUCCGCCUCCUCGGAGCGCACAAGCAGGAGGCGUUUCUUAUGGCUGUGUGAGGAAGCCAGUGGGCCUAGAGGGAAGACAAAAGGCUUUUGCGCACAGCAGGAUUUCGCCCGCGCGGGUCUGCUGGAGGUGACAGGCGCUUCUCGCAGAAGACUCGCAACGUGCCGCGGCCCCGUUGUAGCGCUGCAGGGUCGUUGUGUGCGGCCUCGGGGACUUCUUCUCGCGGGCGCGGCGGAUGGAUCUCUAGGUAGCGUUGCCUGAGAUCAUUCGCCCUUCGCCGCCGCCAUCUUGGAUUUUAAUCCGCCAUUUUUCCCCCUUGGAAUUAUUUUUAUUAUUAUUUUUAUGAUUAAUUUUUUUUCGCCUCUGGUUGGGAGUCUCCGCAACGGCGACAGAGGCUUUGGAUCCGGAGGCCACGGGUGGCGAGCAGGACGGUGGUGCCCGGUGGCAAUCGGGAGGAAACUGAACUACAGUUAACUUCUUAAAGCCUUUGGAAGAAGGACUAAAUGCAACGGGGGCAAAUUGUCUGUGGGAAUGAAGUGGUUGGGAGAAUCCAAGAACAUGGUGGUGAAUGGCCGGAGAAAUGGAAGCAGGUUAUCUAAUGAUCACCAUCAGAAUCAAUCCAAAUUACAGCACCCUGGAAAGGAAAACCCAAAGACUGGCAAAAAUGGAGUUGAGAGACGGUCCAGCAGAUGUAGUGGUGGUUCGGGAUUUGAGGGCCAAAGUCGCUACGUGCCUUCUUCUGGAAUGUCUGCCAAGGAGCUGUGUGAGAAUGAUGACCUAGCAACUAGUUUGGUUCUUGAUCCAUAUUUAGGCUUUCAAACACACAAAAUGAACACUAGGUUUCGACCAAUAAAAGGAAGACAAGAGGAACUGAAGGAGGUGAUUGAGCGUUUUAAAAAAGAUGAGCACUUGGAAAAAGCCUUCAAGUCCUUGACGUCAGGUGACUGGGCCCGGCACUAUUUUCUUAACAAGAACAAAAUGCAGGAAAGGUUGUUCAAAGAACAUGUAUUUAUUUAUUUACGAAUGUUUGCAACUGACAGUGGAUUUGAAAUAUUGCCAUGCAAUCGCUAUUCAUCAGAGCAAAAUGGAGCCAAAAUAGUUGCAACAAAAGAGUGGAAACGAAAUGACAAGAUAGAGUUAUUAGUUGGCUGUAUUGCUGAACUCUCGGAACUAGAAGAGAAUAUGCUGCUCAGACAUGGAGAAAAUGACUUUAGCGUCAUGUAUUCAACACGGAAAAACUGUGCUCAGCUGUGGCUUGGUCCAGCUGCUUUCAUAAAUCAUGAUUGCAGACCCAACUGUAAGUUUGUGUCAACUGGCCGGGAUACAGCAUGCGUGAAAGCUCUGCGAGAUAUUGAACCUGGGGAAGAAAUUUCUUGCUAUUAUGGAGAUGGCUUUUUUGGAGAAAAUAAUGAAUUUUGUGAAUGCUACACAUGUGAAAGACGUGGAACUGGUGCUUUUAAAUCAAGAGUGGGACUGCCUGCACCUACUCCUGUGAUCAAUAGCAAAUAUGGACUCAGAGAAACAGAUAAACGUUUAAACAGGCUUAAGAAAUUGGGUGAUAGCGGUAAAAAUUCUGACAGUCAAUCUGUCAGCUCUAACACUGAUGCAGAUACCACUCAGGAAAAAGCUAAUGCAACUACCCGCAAAUCUUCAAUUGGUGUAAAAAAGAACAGCAAGAGUAGAACAUUAACCAGGCAGUCUAUUUCAAGAAUUCCAACUUCAUCAAAUUCUACCUCAUCCAGACUAACUCAUUUAAAUAAUUCCAGGGUACCAAAGAGACUGAAAAAGCCUGCAAAGCCUUUACUUUCAAAGAUAAAGUUGCGAAAUCAGUGCAAAAGGCCAGAACAAAAAAAUGCAUCUAGGAAACUCGAAAUGGGAAACUUGGUUCUUAAAGAACCCAAAAUAGUUCUGUAUAAAAACUUGCCCAUUAAGAAGGAAAAAGAAACAGAGGGACCAGUGAAAGUUGCAGUAUCUAGUGGCUGCUUAACAAGGCAUGCAGCACGAGAAUAUAAAUUAAAUUCAGUGAAAGGUGCUCAUGAACCUGGGGAAAUAUCACCCUGUACAUACAUAACACGGAGGUCAAUGAGAACACGAAUGAAUCUGAAAGAGACCUCUGACUUAAAGCUUGAACCAAAUAUGCUGAACAGCUAUAAAAACAGUUUGACGGGCAUGCGAGCCAAUAGCUUGGAACAGCAGUCUCAUGUGAUUCUUGAGAGUGAGCAAGCUCUUAUGGCAUCACAGAAGGGGGAGGGGAGGUGUCAGAAGAGUGAAAGAGUUGUGGCCAAAAAGAAAUCUCGACAAGGGAGACUGGUGAAGCCGUCUGCAAAAAUGGAGGAAAUGGAUCUUGCACAUACGUUGACUGGCAAAGACAAAUUGCCAGAUUUGAUCAGUUCACAUUCUGAGCUAGGAGAAGUGAACAGUGUAAUGGAUUCAGCCAUCGGGUAUAAAGACUGUAUUCCUGCAUCGGGUGGCUGUUCCAUUGUAACUUCUGACACUUUCAAAGUCAAAGAGCGCUUUAGAACUGCAAAAAGUAAAAAGAAAAGGCGAAUCACAAGGUAUGAUGCACAACUUAUUCUUGAAAACAGCUCUGGGAUUCCCAAACUUACUCUGCGAAGGCGGCAUGAUAGCAACAGCAAGACUAAUGACCAAGAAAAUGAUGGAAUGAAUUCUUCAAAAAUAAGCAUAAAACUAAGUAAAGACCAUGAGAAAGAUAAUAAUUUAUAUGUAGCAAAGCUUAAUAAUGGGUUUAACUCAGGAUCAAGUAGUAGUUCAACAAAAUUAAAAAUACAGCUAAAACGGGAAGAAGAAAAUAGGGGAACGUACUCUGAUGAUCUUCAUGAGAAUGGAGUGUGUUGUAGUGAUCCGCUUUCACUGCUAGAGUCACGGAUGGAAGUGGAUGAUUAUAGUCAAUAUGAAGAAGAAACUAUUGAUGAUUCUUCAUCUGCCGAAGAGGAGGAAGAGGAAUAUGAGGACGAUUUUGAGGAUGAUUUUAUUCCUCUGCCUCCAGCUAAGCGUUUAAGGCUUAUAGUUGGCAAGGAUUCAAUAGACAUUGACAUUUCUUCCAGGAGGAGAGAAGAUCAGUCUUUAAGGCUCAAUGCAUAAGCUUACAGGUCUUAAACUGAAUAUGUCCAUUUUUUAAAACAAAAUUCCAGACAAUUAUUCUUCAACUGAUGAACUUUCUCAAAAUGUUAGUGGAAGCACUUCUUUAUUGUUUGUUCACUUAUAUCAACAUAAUAUUGUAGAAAGUGUACAGCAUACUGACUCCUUAAGUCAAGUUGUGCAGAUUUUUAUUGUACUUUUUAAUAGCCUUCUUAUGUGCAAUUCUGAGUUAGAGAAAAAUGCUCUAUUGUAAAAUAAAGGCUCAAGCAUAAUUACAAAAAUGCCAUCAGAUUUUUCCAUGAAGGAUAAUUAAAUCACAAUAAUGUGGCUAAACAAUUUUUAAUCGGUGAGAGCAUUAUUUUGCUCUUACAUCUGACUAAAUAAUCUAAAAGAAAUCAUAGUAGCAGCCUAUUAAGGUUUUCUAGUAUGUUAAUAUCACCAGCAAUGAAAUACAGCUUUUCAGUUUAUUUGCUAGAUGUUUCCCCCCUUGAAGUUUGUCAGUUUUAACACUGUAUGCUGUCCCCAGACGUACUGUUUGUGGCCUUUGUUAUAGUAGCAAACCGUUGGUUUGAAGUCAAAUUGAUUUCUUAAAAAAAGGUGUUGACAGGUUGCUGACUUUUAGUACAUUAUAUGUACAAGAGUAGCAGUAUGCAGAAUACAAGUUUGGAUGGUGUAUUUAUUUCUUGUUAUGUAAAUUAAAACACCUUGUAUUUAACACUUUUUCAAUACUUUUAGAUAAAAUUGUUCUUUGCAAGAAUGAUUGGUGCUUAUUUUUUCAAGAACUUGCUGUGAAACAAUGUGAUUACAACAGGCAACAUUUAUCCAAUUAAUUGCAGCCAUUCUAAUUGGAUCCUCAUAGUUUUCUGUUGCACUUGUAAAAAAAAUGCUACAAGGAAUUUAAAGAAACCUAUUCACUUUAACUUAUGAUAGUUUUAUGAAAUUUAAAAGAAAAGCCUAAGUCACAGCUUUUGUUCUGUGGUAAUCUAUAAAAUGUUUGUCUUUUGAGAUCCGGUGUAAAAGACUGAAAAAGAAAAUGUACAUGUUGUAAAUAUUUGUGUGUUGUGCAAAAUUUUGUCAUAAAAAUUGAUAAUUUACCAGAAGGGUUUUUAAGUUUAGAAAUACAUUAAUGCCAAUAAAUAGGAAAUUAUAAACAUAG